AUGACAAUUAAAAUAUAAUUUAAAAUAAAAAAAACUAUAAAAAACAAUUUGAUUAAAUGUAUACCUCAAGCUCCUAAAAUAGAUUAAGUUUUUCUUUAAAACUGUUAAACAGAAGAGAAUUCUUCUCGUAACAAUACCUAAAAAUAAAAAAGAAGAUAAAGAUAAUCUAAAAUAUAAUUUAUUUACCCAGAAUAGGAGGAUCAGAAUGAACCUACAAAUGAAAAAAUAAACCUAAGAAGUUAAUUAAUAAAUUCAAACGAUGUAGAAAUAAUUGAGAAAUAAUUGUAAAAGAAAAUGCAAAUAUGCUAAGAGUAAGAAAAAAAAAUAACAUCUCACUUAAAAAAUUACAAAAUUGAUGAGUCUAAUUUACCAGUUAGUAUAGAAGAGAAUCAAGCAAUUAGUGAUUCUUUGAUGAGACUUCUAAAAACAAAAUUUGGUAAAAAUUAGUAAAAAAUAACAACAACAGAUUGGAGAUAUAAUUCUUCUCUAAUAUUCACUUAAGAAAAUGAUAUGUCUUAUUCGCCUGAAAAUAAAAAAUAAUAAUAAAUACUUGCUGCUAGGUAAAGGAAAGAUAUAAUUGCAUUAAAAUAAAAAAUAAAUAUAAAAUAAAGUGCUGCAUCUUCCCAAUUAAGUUCUCCUACUGAAAGUAGAAAAAGAUUCUCAUCAUCUAUCAACUAUGAUGAUAAAGCUAUCUAAACAUCAAAGGAUUAAGAAAUACAAAAUAUUUUACACUAAAUCAAAGAAUAUAAUCAAAAAAAAUUUGUUAAUUAGAUUCAACAAGGAGAUGAAAUUGAAGUUGAUAAAAAUAGCUUAUUAACUAAAAAUUUUAAUAAAUAUAAUUUUAAAGAAUUGAAAAACCAAACUCAAUUUUCAGAUUUAAAUAUUAGUCAGUAAAAUGAUUAUUUAUGUGGAGAUAAUUCAAUUUAUUUUGAUUAAAAUCAAUCUGUUCAAAGACCUUAAACAACCUAAAAUAAAAUAAAAUAAAUAAUUCCUAACAAAACUUGUAACAUUGAAUGGAGUAUUUCUAACCACUUAAAAAAGUAAAAAUAAUAAGAAAAACAAGCAACUCUUUUAGAGUAAGAUAGUAUCAAAAAAACUUAUUAAAUAAAUGAUGAUGAUAAAGAAUAAAGUAUGCUUGAGAGUGAUGAAAGGCUUCCAUCUAAAAGUUUUGAGCUUAAAAAUAAAUUGUCAAAAGUUGAAAUCUGCAGUUAGGAAAAAUAAUCAAAAUUUUAAAUAGUAAAUAAUGACUAAGCAAAUUAAGAACAGUCGAAAUAUCAAAAUAGGACACUUUAAAAUAAUAGUGAUUCAGAUUUUUAAGCUAAUUAAACAGUCAUCAAUAAUAAAAAGUUUAUGCCUUACUAAACAAGAAGAUAAACAAAAUUUUAUUAACCAUUUUAAUCUCCUACAAGGCCACGAAGAAUUGUAAACAUUAAAGUAAAUUUCCAAGGAAGCUCAUUGAAAUAAAAAUUAAAUUAAAGUAUCUAAGAAUAAGCUAAAUAAAGCUCAUAAACAAAUAAAUAAUUUAUAGAGCAAACUAGCUUAAAUGAAAAAUAAAGUUUUUAAAAAGACUUUUCACAAUAAAUAAAAAUAACAUCAAUUAAAUCUCUUGAAAAACCCCACCAACUCAGUUAAGUAGAGUUAUGGGAUUCAAGAUGCUAUAAUUCAAAUAAGGAGUUUAACUAAACAUUUUAUUAAUAUAAUUCUCCUUUGCAGCACUAAAAGAUACUUAAUAAAUUAACAAGCAAUAAUCAAUCAAUAUGA